AUGGAUUCAAAGAUUGGCAUAAUUUGCAUCGAUCUAUUAAAAGCCAUGAAGGAAAUGAAGAAAAGAGAACAUUGGAGGCAUGUAUUAACAAGGAUAAUCGCUAUUGUAAAAAGACUCGUCAAAAACACCUUGCCGUUUCGAGGAGAUGAUGAGAGGCUAAAUGUUGAGAACAAUGGUCUAUUUUUACAAAUGGUAGAAAUGGUUAGUGAAUUUGAUCCAAUAAUGAAAGAGCACCUUCGGCGAGCUAAUGCAAAAGAGAUUCAAUACACGUAUCUUGGUAAAAAAAUCCAAAAUGAGUUGAUACAAUUGUUGGCUAAUGAGGUGAGAAGUGCAAUUGUCAAGAAAGUUAAACAUGCAAAAUAUUUCGCAGUUAUACUUGAUUGUACCCCAGAUGCAAGUCAUGAGGAGCAGAUAUCGUUAAUAGUACGAUUUGUAGAUGAUUCGGCAAACUUACCUACAGUUGAAGAACAUUCGCUUGAAUUUUUGAAGGUAGAUGACACAACAGGACUUGGACUUACAACCGAGCUUCAAAAGGCUUUGAUCAAACUCGAUCUGGAUAUUGAUGACAUUAGAGGGCAAUGA